AAAUUGAUUGUCAAAAUGGAGUUGAUGUGUACUUAGGUCAGCCUUAUAACAUUUUUGUUGAAUUAAUGGAUUUCUCCUCUACUCCCAUUAGCAAUUUUGCGUUGUAAACUAUUGCUUACACUUCAUUAACAACGCUGGUAGAAUUAAGCUCUUCAACUACGUUACAUAUCGUCAUAAUACCGUAAUGUUUUGAUAGGGCCUAACGAUCAACAUUUAUUCUAUCUUUAUCAAAAAUGUCCGCGGCCAGCGCGAUAGAAAACAGUGAAGAGCUUGACAACGUGCCACUAGUGCGUAUGGAGGACAUACAGCCCUCGAGAGAAAGGAAUUGUGAAGAACUAGAAACCUGUGUUAUUGAUGACAUUGAGUACGAUUGUGUAGUCAAUGAUGAUGAGGACUCAAACAUUGGGAGUAUGGUGUCCAUUCAGUCUGAAGAAGUGGUUGAAGACGACAGUGACACCGCAGAGAUGAUUGUUCCAGAAGUUCUCGAGCCGUUGGAUGAAAUUCCGAUAGUAAGAGAUGUGACAGAAAAUGAUAUAGUCCCGGAGCAAAAACACACAGACAUAAAGCCACCAGACAGCUGGCCAACCCUCGAAAUCCUCCCUGGAGGUGUCAUCAAAAAUGCAGACAAAUGCGAAGAUGACCUCCCCUACCCCGACGGUCCGGAGAAGGUGGAGAAAGGAGAGAUGAUGUACGCUUGUGCGAAGUGCUCGGAGAGCUUCAAGUACCUCUUCUGUCUGGUGAAGCAUGUGAAAUGGCAUGAGGAUGAGAAGAAGAAAGAGAAGGGGCUGGAUAUGGCCAAACUUACAAACCGUAAGAAAUGCAUCGUUUUGCAUUCGGGCAAAAAGAAGAUGGGCCAGCGAGGAAAAGCUAAGAAAACAAAGAGAUCAUAGUAUCGUAGCUUCAGUAUUAACUGACAUUGGCUAAAAGAGCCAUGUUUUGACUUUCCGGUGAUAAAUACUGCCGCAUCGUGCAUAACAUCCAUUGCAAAACUCAAAGAAUUCCCGAGCGCAUUCGUGUGAUAUAAAUUUCAAAUUUUCACUGGUUUUCCAAUGGCUGUAACGGUUCUUGGACGAAGCAACUAUUAGGCCUACACUUUUCACGUCUCUGGCGUUAACAAAAAUGUCUCUGGAGUUACCAAGAACUACGUUUCCAAUUUUAUCUUUAUCUGAAUUUUUAGUCUAUCGCUUGUUUGGACAUAUAAUACUCGUACAUAUAAACGUUAUAGAUUAGUCUCGGUCUAAAAGUUGAUUCGUCCUCUUAUGCGUUGCGAAAUUGUGGUAACUAGUAACAUCAACCGAAUGCAGAGUCAAACGUCAAAAAAUUUAAUUAUAGCAUUGUUAAAGACACUAAAAAUAUACAUAUGAUAGGAAAAUAAAUAAAUAAAUAAAUAAAUAAAUAAAUAAAUAUUUUAGGACAUUCUUACACAGAUUGACUAAGUCCCACAGUAAGCUCAAGAAGGCUUGUGUUGUGGGUACUCAGACAACGAAAAACUCACUAAACAAAAACUCAGUAAAAGAAAAUUGCUGAACAAUGCAUUUAAAUCAGCUACUUCAUGAACAUCGUCUAUGCGAUUACCUUGCGAAUUUUGCCCGAUCACUGCUGUCUCCUGGGUCACUUCAAGGAAAAUGAAUGAAACCACGACAGCAAAUUACGUAUUCUUUGAAGACGUAAGCUUGAAUAUAAAAUCUUAUGAACGAUACAAUCAAACUGUUGCUUCCAUGUGACUACCUCAAUCUGACAAUUUAAUUCAAAAUUAGAUGUGUCGUUUAUAAGUAAUAGUAGAUACAGUCAACCAAUUUUAACUCUAUACUGCAAAACGUAAUUCAAGACCAAAAAAAGUAAGAAACUUGUUGGCACUUUUUACUAGCGCGUCUUGUAUUUCUGUAAAAAUAAGUAAAUAAAGGUACUAUUUUAAAUCGUAGGAGUAAAAUUACUAAUAAGUAAAUUAUCUUAGCCUGAUUAUUUAUCUAAAGGAAUUUACAAUUUUACAAAUAAAUUAUUGCAGUGGCAAUGUCUUGAAUUACGUUUUGCAGUUUAGACCAAUGUAAAACCAUGUCAAAGUGACGUUAUCACUUUUAGUUUAGUCAAUUUGAAAUGGUUCUACGGUGGAGUAGCAUUAUUCUAGUUGUUUGAUUGUACUUACAUAUUUCGCUUCACCAAAUAUGAUAUAUAGCAGCAAGUAAAUGUUAGAUGGAUAGAUAAAUGCAUAUAAGGGAAGUUCAAAUCGGCUGCUUAAUUCUGUCAGAAUUUAAAUGUUUUCUUUAAAUUGGUUAUACUAGGUGUAUUUUAAGUGCACUUUGACCCACUAAAUGUAAUAGUUAAAAUAAAUUUGUAUUUAGUUAGUUUUAUAGUGUAUAUGCGUUUAAACCAAAAUGAGUUGUUUUCGUUCAUUAUAGAUGUUUAUCUCGGUUUAUAUUUGAUUAUUUUAAACGUUGUUCUGUAAGAAUGUUUUAGCUUGUGAAAUAUAGAAGAUAGUCACUUUACUCGGUCUUCAACGUUUCCAUGUUCCAUGAGAGAUAAUAGUGUAUUUUUGCAAUUACAAAGUGGGUAUUUUACUUAACAACUUCCAUAAGGAAAAGGGUUGAUCAAUUUUUUCUUGUACUAGCUCGUUGCUAUGGUUUCGUCACCUGUCACCCUUUAGACCCACAAUUUACACUAUAAUGGAAAUUUUAAGCCCAUUUCUGUGGGGGCCAUCAUCUACUAAGUAUGUUAGCAAAAUGAGUUACAUCAUUACAACUUAAACUUUCUUACUGUUGUCUCCUGGGUAACGGGGCCAAAUAAGUAGAAUGACAACAAGAAAUAGUUGAUCAAUCCACAGUAAGUACUAAUACAAGUGACUUCCUACUUAUUAAAAUACAUACAAAAUAGAUUUUUAAAAUGUAACAAUACUACACAAUAUUGUAGAUAAAUAUUUUUUGUCACAGGAAAAUGAAACUUAGUCAUGUAAGGUUUAUGUUAAAAUGAAAUAGUCUGUACAGUCAGUUGCAAAUAUUGAUAUGAUACAAAAUACAAAUUCUAACAUACAUACCACUUUUUGUUUGGCAGGUAGAUAUUUUUGAAAUUCUGUUCGUGUAGAUAUUUGUUGCUGGCUAUACUUUGGCGUGCAUAGUGCAGUAGGUUUUGUUUGUGUCUUUCAUUUAUUAUAUUGAAUUAGUUAUGAAUUUUAUUAAUAAGAAUAUUAUGAUUAUGUUGUGAACUUAUGAAUGUCCGUUAUUUGGCUUUUAUGUUUAUGUGAAAAUCUGAAAUUAAUGGUUUUAUUUUCCAAGGGGGCCAUUAUUGUUAUAAACUUAUAAAUUAUUAAGUCAAUUAUUUUAAAUAAAUUUUAUCGUUUGUUGUAAA